AUGGAUUGUUAUGUCGGUGCAACGACUGGAGCUCUGAAAGGUAAUGCAUUCAUAUUUUCUUUUCACAGAUCACGAAAAUAUUCAGGAGCUCUUCUGCGCGACAAUACGUUCCAAAAUCUCAAUCAAAUUAAUAUUUUGGAGCCUAAAAAUGAUGAAGUCACGUCGAUGAUUUGGAAUGACGAUCAGCAGGUCGCAAAAGAUCCUACUUUCCAUGAAAACAAACAAAUGUUUUCAUUUUCAGACAGAAAUUCUCAUUGCUCGUAUGAACCGCGACUUGCAAUUGUUCGAUAUUGAACAGAACGAACAAGUAUCUGUUUUAACAAUCACCGGAGGCGCUGGACCUGUGAAAGGCUUGUACAAAACAGAGUUAGUAAGAUUGCACUUACAAAAUCAAAAAAAUUUCAUUUCAGUGAGAAAAUUCUGUCUUGUGUCGAAAGUGGAGAGCUUCAAGUAUGGAAUGACAAGUCAGAAGUUAUAUCCGAAUGGAAAUGUGGCCCUGGAGUUGCAGUUAUGAGAGGAUCCGCCGAAAAGCAAGAAGUUGUCACCGGUGGAAUGAAGAAUCUGCUGAAAACUUGGAAUCUGGAAACUGGCCAGCAAGUUUGGACAGCUAAGAACGUGCCGCCUGAUAUGCUGGGCCUUGAGAUUCCGAUUAUGAUCACUGAUGCAAGAUUUAUUCCAGGAGAAAAUAUUAUUCUCGAAGCGACAAAGCAUCACGAGGUGAAAUUCACGUAUAUAUUAAUUUUGCAUAACAUUUCGCACGAAUAGCUUUUUAAAGACUAACAAAAAAAGUUUAUGUGAAGGUCAUCACGCAAUUGUUUUCAAACUUUGAUCUCAGAUGCGACUCUACGAUCCGCGAGCACAACGAAGACCUGUGAAAAAAAUGGUGUUCAUGGAGAAUCCGAUCAUGACCACCUCCCUCACCUACAAAACCAAUAAUAUUUUGGCAGCUAAUUCUAUCGGAGAAAUGGGACUUUUCGAUUUGCGAAGCAAAGUUCAUCCAAUUUGCAAGUUCAAAGGACAAGCUGGCUCGAUUCGAAGCAUUGACGGACAUCCGACAAUGCCUCUCGCAGCGUCUGUCGGAAUCGAUCGGUUUUUGCGUGUUCAUGAUCUUCGGACUAGAAAGCUUGUGCAUAAGGUAAGAGAAAACUGAGUGCUCGGAAAAUAAAUGUAAAAAUUUCUGAAAAAUUUAGACACAUCUUAUCGAUUAAUCACACUGCGUGUUGUGAAAUGCAUCAUAAAAUGUUUCUUUUUUAGAUUUAUUGCAAAUCCCGGCUCAAUCGUGUACUUCUUCGCGAUGAUCUAUCUAUUCUAAGCGACAGAAAAACCAAGAAGGAGGCGAACGAAAAUGAUAGCGAGUACGGAAACAUGACGAAAAACGGAUAUCGUUCGGAGGAAGAAGGAGAAUCCGAAGGAGGAGAGGAAGAAUCCGAUGGAGGAGACGUCAUUGAGGAGGACGACGUUUGGAAUGUCAUGCAGCCAGUGAAGAAGGCCAAACGAGGACAUGAAGAAGAUGAAAAUGGACAGGAAGAGCCAAGAAAAAAGGGGAAGACUGUUGGUAAAGGCAAAAAGAGAAAAGAGUCAGUGAGCGACGUGGAGGAAAUCGUAGAACCUGUGAAAAAAGCAAAGAAGACGUCGAGCAGAAAGCGGAAGGAAUCUGUGAUUGAAGAAGAAGAAAUUAAAGAAGAAAUGGCCUCAGAUCUGGAAGAGGUGAUCAAAGUUGAGCCCAAGAAAAAGAGAGUUCUCAAAAAAAAGAAAAAAAUCACGUCUCCUUGA